GUGUGUCCGCGUUGUUUCUCGUCCGUACCCGUCGAAUCCGGCCGUGCGCCGUCGCUCGUGUUUGAGUUUGUGUCGGUGUCGGUGACUGUGCGUGCGUCAGUGUGCGUUAUCCGCCUCCGGUAAUUCGACUCUUCUGUAUUAUCGUUGUUGUCAGUCCGUACUCGCAACAAGAAAACAAAUAGUUUAGCGUGAUAUAUAACGUGUGUUUGUAAUUCUUAGUUAAUUUUAUAUUUUUUUAAGUUGUGUGAUUAAUUUUUUAUUCGGUGCUUUUAUCACGUUUUGAAUUAUUGAAAUACUGUGUACGGUAAAAUCACAGCCGUUGUUAUGGUUUUAUGUGCGUGGAAAACGAGAUGAUAACAUGACGUCGUUUGGCGUUGGCUGUGCUGCUGUUUCGGUGUCGACGGCGGUCGCCACCACCGGUUCAAAACCGUCCAUUGGAAAUAACGGGAACGAUCGUCGUGAUUGAUCAGAUCGGUAUAUGUAAACACGAUGAUGACGGUCAACGCAUUUCCGACAAUAAUUAUUUGCUCUUGUCUUUGUUUUACGCCACACGACGAACGUUAAGUGUUAAUUGUUGAGUGCAACGCGUUAGCUAAAAACUAAUUUUUAUAAUUUUUUGCUUAAAUUUUGAGCAGUGCGUGUUUGUUAACAUUUCCGUUGUGCAUUGAUUGCCAUCGCCAAAAUGUCCUGAUUCGGACGCAAUGCUAUUGUGGAUAUCAUUGUUAACUUACAAGGAAUAGAACCUUGUAUUGAACUACAACCAUAUGUCUUCCAUAGUCCCAUGUGCUGGAGAAACCAAAAGUCUUACAAUGCAGAACGCCCAUUUCCACCUCCGGGUAAUACUUUUCUAUUUAGCUUGUCUAAAUGUUAUUUCUGGUAGUUCCAAUAUAAUCAAAACUUUUGAAGAUAAUGAGGGAACAUCACUAUUUAAUCAUCUUGUUGUGGACAAAAAUACUGGCAGGUUAUUUGUUGGUGCCAUCAACAGGAUUUACCAACUUACACCAGAUCUCAAUGUAACCAAUCGAGCGGUUACUGGCCCCAUAGAUGAUUCAUUUGAAUGUGGGGCCAAUAUGUGUCCUAACACAACCAUAAAAAAUUUAACUGACAAUGUAAACAAAGUACUUGUUAUUGAUUAUACUACAUCUAGGAUAAUUACUUGUGGUUCAGUUUUACAAGGUAUGUGCACUGUUAGAAAUUUAAAUAAUAUAACUGAUACAGUUCAACAAGUAAAAGAAGCCGUAGUUGCCAAUAAUAUUGAAGCUUCUACUGUAGCUUUCAUAGCUCCAGGGCCUCCAAAUCCACCUGUUACUCAAGUUAUGUACAUAGGUGUUACUUUUACUCGCAAUUCCCCUUACCGUUCAGAUGUGCCAGCUAUCGCCUCUAGAAGUUUAGAUAGUGAAAAUAUGUUAAGUAUUGCUCAUGUUGGUGUUAUUUCUGGCACAAGAGUAUUUGUCAAUACUUUAAAUCGAGAACGAUACUUAAUCAAUUAUGUAUAUGGCUUUAGUUCUGAAAGUUUUAGUUACUUUUUAACUACUCAAAUGCGUACAGCAGCAUCACCAUCACCUUAUAUAUCAAAGAUAGUGAGAUUAUGUCAUGAAGAUAAAAAUUAUUACUCAUAUACAGAAAUUCCAUUAGAAUGUAUUAGUAAAGAUCAAUCAUACAAUUUAGUUCAAGCUGGCUAUGUUGGUAAAAUCGGUUCAGACUUAGCUAAAGAUCUUGGCAUAACACCACAAGAUGAUGUACUGUUUGCUGUAUUUUCUGGAAGCAAUGCAAAUGAUAGUGAAUUAAAAAGUGUACCUAACGACCAAAGUGCAUUGUGUAUUUAUUCACUUAAAGCUAUCAGACGGAAAUUUUUACAAAAUAUAAAUACAUGUUUUAGUGGUAAAGGAAAUAGAGGUCUGGAUUUUAUAUCACCUAGUCAUCCUUGCAUAACAACAAAACUUCAAGCAAUUACUGAAGACUUUUGUGGUAUGGACGUAAAUACUCCUUUAGGAGGAGAAUCACCUAUGACAGCAGUACCUGUACUGACAUUUGAUUCUCGUCUCACUGCUGUCACUGCAACAUCUACUGGUGAUUUUACUGUAGUGUUUGUUGGUACUAACACUGGCCAUGUUAAAAAAAUUGUUGUAGAAAGUUCUAUUAAGGCUAUUGAAUAUGGUGAUAUAGUCAUUCAACAAAACUCUCCUGUUAAUCCAGAUCUUAUAGUUGAUCAGCAACAAAUGCACUUGUAUGCUAUGACUAAAAACAGAGUUUCAAUGAUUAAGGUUCAAGAAUGCCAUAUGUAUAGUACUUGUUGGGAUUGUUUGUCUGUUAAAGACCCUUACUGUGGGUGGUGUUCAUUAGAAAACAAAUGUAGUUUACGCUCAAACUGUGAAGAUGCUGCAAAUGAUCCUUUGUAUUGGAUACCAUAUAAAAGUGGUAAAUGUACAACCAUUGCUUCAGUCACACCAAGUCAACUUCAAAAAACUACAGCUAGAACAUUAGAAAUUGUGAUAGACAAUCUUCCAUUACUUGAAGGACCUUUUUAUUGUGCUUAUUCUGUAUUUGAUAAAGUUUUAAUUACAAAUGCUACAAGAAAAUCAUUUGGUGUAAAUUGCACAACUCCACGUACUGAUUUACUACCUUUUAUUCCAUCAAAUCAACAUCAUUUCACUACAAAGCUUUCUGUCAGAACAGCUACUGGUCCAGACUUUGUCGCUACAAAUUUUACAUUUUUUGAUUGUAGUACUUAUACAUCUUGUACUCAAUGUGUAAAUUCAUCUUUUCCAUGUGAUUGGUGUGCUGAAGCACAUAGAUGUACUCAUGAUACAGCUGAAAACUGCAGAAAUGAUAUUCUAGUUACUGGAGUAAACCGUGUAGGGCCUAGUUUUAGGAGUGGACCAUCUUUUUGUCCAACUAUUAAUGGAUCAGAUACUGGUAGUACAGAAAUAUUAAUUCCUUCUGGUAUAAAAAAGUCUGUAAGAGUGAAAGUCCAUAUAAUCGGUCAGUUUAUUGCUCAAACUCGGUUUGUAUGCCAGUUUAAUAUUGAAGGUCGGGUGUCUAGUGUAAAUGCUGCUUUGGUUGCUGAUACUAUUUACUGUGAAACAAUGGAGUUCAGUUAUAACUCACAUUUACCAAACAUUACAGCUACUUUUGCAGUAAUUUGGGGUGGAUCUAAACCACUAGAUAAUCCUCAUGACAUUCAUGUUGUGAUUUAUCGAUGUAGUGACAUGGCUGAUGAUUGUGGUAUGUGUUUGGCUCUACCAGAAAAAUAUAAAUGUGGAUGGUGUCAAGCCAGUCAUAGUUGUGAAGUUAUGGAUCAAUGUGAUAGAGCAGUUGGAAUAUGGCUUAAUCGUAAUAAGACUUGUCCUAAUUUGCAUAUAACAUCAUUUUGGCCUCUUGCAGGUCCAUGGGAAGGUGACACAAAUAUAACAAUUUUAGGAAAAAAUUUAGGUAAAAAUUUUGAAGACAUUUAUAGUGGUGUCACUGUAGCUGGACUGCGCUGCCAACCAUAUCGUCAUUUAUAUGAAAUGACAAGGAAAAUUGUGUGUCGAGUAGAUGGUCCUGGCAAUGAAGAUAGAAGAGAAGGACCAAUUGUUGUGCAAGUUGAAGGUUAUCGGGGUGAAUCUAAAACAAAUUAUCAUUUUGUAGAUCCUAUAAUUACUGGUUUACACCCAGGUUACGGCCCAAAAUCUGGUGGAACAACUCUAAAGAUUUUUGGUAAAUUUAUGAAUGCUGGAAGCAAUAUACAAGUAUUUUUUGAAAGAAAUCUACCUUGUGUUGUCAUUAAUAGUACUCUGACAGAAACAACAUGUGUGACUAGUGCUACAGAUGAACAAAAAGUAGGAAAAAUUAGUAUGCUAUUUGACAACUCCUAUAGAGCAUUUGAUCUACAAACAUAUGAGUAUACAGAUGAUCCUAGUAUAGAAACAGUAGAGUCAGGAACUCCUGGUCAAGUUAAAGUUCCCAAAGGAAUAGUAUCUGGUGGUAUUAAAGUGUCAGUAGCUGGUAAGAAUUUUGCUUUUGUCCAGACUCCACGUAUUUAUGUUUAUUACAUGAAUACUAAAUAUUUUGGCGAUUGUCUUGUACUUAGCAAUUCUAAUUUAAUAUGUGAAUCACCUAAAGUAGUACCACUACAACGAAAUCAACCUGAUCCAGAUAAACCAUUAGAAUUAGACUAUGGUUUUGAAAUGGAUAAUGUCAUUAAUGUUCAAAAUAUAUCAUCAAAAAGAGGUUAUUCUAAGUUCAUGCUAUUUCCUGAUCCAGUAUACACUAAGUUUGAUGAAGACAUUAAGUUUUAUAAAAGUGACUAUCUUACAAUUAAUGGUCAUCAUUUAGAUAGAGCAUGUCAAGAAACAGAUGUUAUAGUACAGAUUGGCACAAGCUAUUGUAAUGUAACAUCUCUAUCUCGUCACCAGCUUACAUGCCGACCUCCUGCUACUCAACCUUUAGCUAAAAUUGAAGAUAAUCGUUUAACUGGUAGUCAAGAAUUACCUGAUGUUAUUGUCUUAGUUGGUUCUAGCUUAAAAUUUAAUAUUGGAAAACUUAGUUAUGCACCAUCAAGUAUCAACAGUCCUUUAACAAAACCAGCCUUAUUUGGGGGCAUAGUUGGUAUGAUUAUAAUAUGUAUUAUUUUCAUUGCUUUCUUAAUAGCAUAUAGACGUAAAUCAACUGAGAGCAGUAGAGUCUUAAAAAAUAUGCAAGAACAAAUGGAUAUUUUAGAAUUACGUGUAGCUGCUGAAUGUAAAGAAGCUUUUGCUGAAUUACAAACUGAAAUUACUGAUAUUGCUGGUGAUCUCACCUCUGGAGGUAUUCCAUUCUUAGACUACCGUACAUAUUCAAUGAAAAUCUUAUUUCCAAAUAUGGAAGACCAUGGUGUAUUACAACGUGAAAAACCUGAAUUAAUUAGAAAAGAAAAGGGAAUUAGGCUUUUUGGACAACUAAUACUUAAUAAAACAUUUUUGUUAUUAUUCAUAAGAACUUUAGAAAGUAACCGUUAUUUUUCAAUGCGUGAUCGAGUUAAUGUUGCUUCAUUAAUUAUGGUUUCUUUACAAAGUAAAAUGGAGUAUUGUACUGAUAUAUUAAAGACAUUAUUGGCUGAGUUAAUCGAGAAAUGCAUGGAAGGUAACAGUCAUCCUAAAUUAUUGCUUCGGAGAACUGAAAGUGUUGCUGAAAAAAUGUUGUCAUCAUGGUUUACAUUUUUAUUAUAUAAGUUCUUAAGAGAAUGUGCUGGAGAGCCACUAUACCUUCUGUUUAGAGCAAUGAAACAACAAGUGGACAAGGGUCCUGUAGAUGCUAUUACAUCUGAAGCUCGAUAUUCAUUAAGUGAAGAAAAACUCAUUCGACAAUCAAUUGACUUCUAUCCAAUGACUGUGUAUGUUUCAAUUUCACAACAGACUGCAUUUGUUACUGGUCUAGAUCCCAAUACUGAAAAUAUUCCUGUUAAAGUGUUAGACUGUGACACAAUUUCUCAAGUUAAAGAAAAAGCUUUAGAUACUAUUUAUAGAGCAAUGCCGUGCAGUCAGCGUCCAAGAACAUGUGAACUUGAUGUUGAAUGGAGAACUGGUACAUCAGGCCGCCUUAUACUCUACGAUGAAGAUUCAACAACUAAAGUCGAAGGUGAAUGGAAAAAACGCAACACCUUACGCCAUUAUAUGGUGCCAGAUGGUGCAUAUCUAAAUCUAGUAUCAGUUAAACAAAUGUCAACCUACAACUUAUCAAUUUUAUCUGACAGAAUGGAUAAACAUAAAUAUGAAACACUAAAUCUUACUAAAUUCAACUAUGAUAGUCCACCAUAUAGUAGAGCUACAUCACCUUUGAACAAUGAUCAAGAUGGUGGACUUAAAAGUUGGCAUCUAGUAAAACAUCAUGAUAAUGAUGCCCAAAAAGAAGGUGAGCGUGGUAACAAGAUGGUUUCAGAAAUUUAUCUUACUCGGUUACUAGCUACAAAAGGUACACUCCAAAAGUUUGUGGAUGACCUAUUUGAAACUAUAUUCAGUACAGCACAUCGUGGAAGUGCUUUGCCUUUGGCCAUUAAGUAUAUGUUUGACUUUCUUGAUGACCAAGCAAUUCAGCAUGGUAUCACUGAUCAUGAGGUAGUGCACACUUGGAAAAGCAAUAGCCUACCUUUAAGGUUUUGGGUAAACCUUAUAAAAAAUCCAAAUUUUGUUUUUGAUAUACACAAGUCUAAUAUUGUGGAUUCUUGUUUAUCAGUUGUCGCUCAAACAUUCAUGGAUUCUUGUUCAACAUCAGAUCACCGAUUAGGCAAGGAUUCACCUAGUUCUAAAUUACUUUAUGCAAAGGAUAUACCAUUGUACAAAGAUUGGGUAGAACGUUAUUAUACUGACAUCAAAAUGAUGUCAGCCAUAUCAGAUCAGGAUAUGAAUGCUAUGCUUGCUGAAGAGUCUAGAAUUCACAUGACAGAAUUCAACACUAAUUGCGCCUUGUAUGAGUUGUAUAUGUAUGCUGCCAAGUAUAAUGAACAAUUAAUGGUCACUCUGGAAGAAGAUGAAUUUUCACAAAAACAAAGGUUAGCUUACAAACUUGAACAGGUGCACAAUUUCAUGAUGGUUGACAAGUGAGGGGUCCAAUAAUCAAAACCAAUUUUAGAUAGAUUUUGCUCAAUAACGAGUAUUAAUGGGUCUUUGGGGUUUGCUACUUUUAUAGAAUUUUAUAUAAAUUGUGGUAUGUAUGUAGUACAGUAAUA